AUGAAGAAAUGCAGCAUCUCAGUCAUUUCCCAACAUCUUCUUCUCCUGAAGAUCCUGCUGCUACUAGGAAUGGCUCUAGGAGAUCCAAGAACCCAGACGGUCCAAAUCACGUGCAGCAAGCAACGGGAGCACAACUCAACUGUGUUUGUUCCAAACUUUGUGCGCGCAAUGGAAAACAUCAGUGAACAAAUGCGAACUUCUGGUUUUGGAAUGGCAAGGACUGGUUCAGGCCCUGACACCAACUAUGGCCUAGCUCAAUGCUAUGGUGAUCUUUCUCUUCUAGACUGUGUGCUAUGCUACGCUGAGGCACGUACGGUGCUUCCCCAAUGCUUUCCUUACACUGGGGGUCGGAUUUACCUAGACGGUUGCUUCAUGAGGUCCGAAAACUACACAUUUUAUGAGGAGUUUAGAGGAUCAGACGACAGGGCAGUGUGCGGGAACACAACGAGGAAGAGUACGGCGUUCGAAGAAUCAGCAAGGCAGGUUGUGCAGCGUGCAGUUGAAUCUGCUCCAAGCAAUGGAGGGUAUGCAAGGGGUGAGGUGAGUGUUAGUGGGAUGGCGAACGAAUCGGCUUAUGUGUUGGCUGAUUGCUGGAGAACUUUGGAUGAGAACUCUUGCAGGCAAUGUCUGGAAAAUGCAUCCGUAUCAAUGUUGGGAUGCUUGCCUUGGUCUGAGGGGAGAGCAUUAUACACAGGGUGCUUCAUGAGGUACUCAGAUAGAGAUUUUCUCAACAAGGAAGUGGGGAAUGGAAGUUCUAGAGGUACCAUAAUUGUGAUAGUAGUCUCAGUUAUCAGCUCCUUGGUGGUUUUGGUAGUUGGAGUAGCUAUUGGAUUUUAUAUCUGGAAGCACAGAUAUAUACAAAAGAAACGCAGAGGAUCAAAUGAUGCAGAAAAGUGGGCAAAAACCCUCAAUGACAGCAGCUUAAACUUCAAGUACUCAACGAUUGAAAAGGCCACGGGAUCUUUCGACAUUGCCAACAAGCUUGGACAAGGAGGUUUUGGAACAGUUUAUAAGGGAGUUCUGGCUGAUGGGAGAGAGAUUGCAGUGAAGAGGCUUUUCUUUAACAACAGACACAGAGCAGCAGAUUUCUAUAAUGAAAUCAACAUUAUAAGCAGCGUGGAACACAAAAACUUGGUCAGGCUGUUGGGUUGUAGUUGCGCAGGACCCGAAAGCCUUCUCGUCUAUGAAUACCUGCCCAACAGGAGUCUUGACCGCUUCAUCUUCGAUCAAGAAAGAGGUAAAACACUAAACUGGGACAAGAGAUAUGAGAUCAUUGUUGGGACAGCAGAAGGCUUAGUCCACCUUCACGACAACUCGAAAACAAGGAUCAUUCACAGAGACAUAAAAGCUAGCAACAUCCUUUUGGAUUCAAGGCUUCGAGCUAAGAUUGCAGAUUUCGGGUUGGCUAGGUCUUUCGAGGAAGAUAAGAGCCACAUCAGCACAGCCAUUGCAGGAACAUUAGUACCUAGCUCAUGGCCAGCUGACAGAGAAGGUAGAUGUCUACAGUUUUGGAGUGCUUAUAUUGGAGAUAGUCACUGGAAGGCAGAACAACAGGAGCAAAUCUGCAGAGUACUCAGCACAUAG